GUAAUCUAACGUAAACUCGAUUUCCAAUGAGUGAUCGCGAUUCGAGUCGCGUUCAGCAGUGAUCAAACGGAGAACGCGAUCGGUCAACGAGUGAUAUCGUCGAGAUAAGUGUCGCGGAGAGUGGUUGUUCGCUGAAAAUUGGUAAAAAGAAACUCGAGGAGAAUAGGUUGAAAGGAAAGAGCGAGUUCGGAGCGCGGGACGAUAAUACGCAGUCAGUGGAUCCGCGAUCACUCCGUCGCGUGUUCCCCGGAAAUCCGGCGCGUCGAGCACCGAUGUCCAGGCUCCGCGCCACCGUUCCACAGACGGUCUGACGUCACGACCAUUGACGAUCGAGUUAGCCGCGUUAGAGGUGCGUUCUCGAACGUCGUCUCCGAAGCAUCACCUACGAUUCGGCCGAUCAGAUCGUUUCACGUCGCGCGUCACGGCACGACGAAGCCGCGGCUUGAUUACUGGCUCGUUUCUCGCGACGUGUCAGCGACAUUCGUCCCGGGCGAGAUACAUCCGGGCAGGCGUCAGAGCGGCGGUCGCUGGACCGUCCGGCGGACGUCUCGACCGCCGUACGGCGAACCGCUGGAGCCAGGAGGUGGAAAAGGAGGGGCUGUGGAGGUGGUGGAGGAGGAAGGCCCGCGGACGUGCAACAAGUUAAGAGGUCACCGCCGCUACCGUCGACAUCGCUGCCGCCGCCACCGUCCUCGCCACGAUGUGACAUGGAUAUCCUAGCCGUAGCCUGCGCCCUCGUCGCCACGGCCCUCUACUGCAACACCCUGCAAGCGGGUUUCGUCUACGAUGAUCGAAGAGCUAUUCUGACGAAUCCGGACCUGCUGUCCAGCACGCCGUGGUCCCGGCUGCUGGAGAACGAUUUCUGGGGCACGCCACUAAACGAUCGAGGCUCUCACGGAAGUUACAGGCCUCUUUGCGUGGCUACCUUUCGUCUGAAUCAUCUACUGGGCGGCCUGGAACCGUGGGGCUAUCAUCUGGUGAACGUUGCGCUACACGCUGCCUGCACCGUGCUUGUGGUCAGAGUUGCCAGAAAGGUAUUGCCUGAAAGAAACAAUCUCGGCCACGCGAUCACCGGCUUCCUGUUCGCGGCGCAUCCGAUUCACAGCGAAGCAGUGGCCGGCGUAGUCGGUCGUGCCGAUCUUCUCGCCUGUCUGUUGACCUUGUCAGCGUUACUCGCAUACAGCGCCCACUGCGAGCGAACCAGGUCGCCAUUUCCUUUGAUUCUGGCCCUUGUGUCGUCGACCCUGGCUACCCUCGCCAAGGAAACGGGAAUAUCCUCGCUGGCUCUGUGUCUCCUCUGGGAACUGUGUCGCGGCGAGUCGAGUCGAAAGGUGAAUUGCGGCUUGACUCGCUCACGUAGCAUCGGCAUCGUGUCUGGAAGUUUGGCAUUGUUGGUUCUUGGUAGACUGAGGAUUACAGGCACGAGGCCAGAAUUCGCGAGCGCGGACAAUCCGACCGCCAGGCACCCAUCUCGCCUGACACGCGGUCUUACAUUCCUCUACCUACCAGCAGCAAGCGCCAGGAUGUUACUUUGUCCCAAUACACUAAGCUUCGACUGGUCCAUGGACGCCGUGCCGCGAAUCACGAGCCUCCUUGACGCGAGAAACCUCGAAUCCGCCUGUUUGUACACUGCGCUAAUCGGCGCCUCGAUCUGGACGAUCAAGACGCUUCGUCGACCAGUCCGGGAGACUAGUCUACAUCUCGUGCAAUAUCCUCGUUCCAUGUCGUCCAGGUGUCCCGUGUGUGCCGGCAGGCGAACAGGAGGAUGUCACACGGAUGGGUGUCGAGCGGCGAACAACAAUAACAACGGGCCGAUCGGUGAUUGUUACUGCGCGAAGAGGCCUAACAAUGGAUUAAUCUGGAGCAACGGAUUCGCCAGCAGACAGGCAGCAGCGAGUAGUGUCGCCGCGUCCCUCGGUUUCCUCGUGCUUCCCUUCCUACCGGCUAGCAAUUUGUUCUUUUACGUGGGCUUCGUCAUAGCCGAGAGGAUUCUCUAUUUACCGAGCGUGGGCGCGUGUUUGAUCGUCGGAGCCGCGAUCUCUGGAUGUUAUCAGAUAGCAAGAAGACACGGAUCGAGAAGGAAAGGCAGGGCAGUGCUGCUAGCCACGGCGGUACUCGUUUGUCUGAUGUCGGCUAAGACGUUAUUAAGGAACGCCGACUGGUUCGACGAGGAGAGCCUAUAUAGAUCGGCUCUGCACGUGAACCCUCCAAAAGCUUAUGGUAAUUUGGGCAGUGUGCUGAGCGCCCAGGGACGCGUCGCGGAGGCGGAGGAGGCGUUCGUCCAGGCGCUCCGCUAUCGACCGAACAUGGCGGACGUACACUACAAUCUGGGAAUACUGCAGCAAGGCAGGAAGAAUUACGAGGAGGCGAUUUUGAGUUAUCAGCGAGCGAUCCAUUUCCGGCCUUCGUUAGCUCAGGCUUACGUGAAUCUGGGCGCGGCGCUGGCCUCGGUCGGACGUGGAACGGAAGCGGCUGCGGUUUUGCGGGCCGGCGCAUCCUUAGACGGUUCCGGCCUCAAGGACAAGAGGGCUCACGAGGCAGCCAGAGUACAGGCCCUCCUUCAAUUAGGCGCUCUCUACGCCGAUCAGGGUAGAUUACAAAGGGCCCUGUCCGCGUACAGGGAAGCGCUGCAUGCGUUGCCGGAUCACUAUCCACCUCAGAGCGUUUACAAUCUGCUGGGGGAAACUCUAUCGAGGCUGCAACAGUACGCGGAAGCGGAAAGGUGGUUCCAGGCGAGUUUGGCCAGCCAGCCUGACCACGUGCCGGCCCACAUCACUUACGGGAAACUUUUGGCCCGAAACUCAAGCCGUGUGCUGGAGGCUGAGAGAUGGUUCCUGAGAGCCCGUAGAUUGGCGCCGGACGACUCGAGCGUGCACCAUCAUUACGGACUGUUCCUGACGUCGCAGGGUCGGCUAUCGGAGGCGGCAGAGGAGCAACUCCGCGCCGCCGAACUUUCCAGAUCCGAUUAUGAGCUGUCGAUGGCGGCGGCGUCCGCGCUGCGACAAGCGGACCGGCUGGAGGACGCGGAAGUGUGGUACAGGCACGCGGCCACCUUGAGGCCGCACGAGGCGCGAAGUCAUACAAAUCUCGGCGCGAUUCUUCACCUGAACGGGAAAUACAAGCAAGCGGCGGCUGCUUACAGCGAGGCGUUGAGGCUGCAGCCGGGCGAUGCAACGACCAUCAUGAACCUGCACAAAUUGGCGGCCACUCUCGCGUGACCUCGUCACGAGACCGCGGCGAACACCCAACAGAGAAACAAGUGUGUGUACGAUACGACCCCAGGAAAGACCCUCUACCGACUCGCCGUAUUUCCUGACCCCACGUCACCCCGAUCUUCCUCCCGAUAUUCGUUUAUAUCCGUCGACCGGCACGCCAACGUCGCGGGGCGGAAGCCCCCGGGGACCUUGACGCGCUAUCGACUCGUAUCGCCUGCUAUGGUAUGUAAAGAAUAAAGCUUCCUUUAUUUUUCUCUAA